AUGAGCAAGACUGGAAAGGAGGACUUGAGCACUGCGCAGCGUGCCAUCAUCGGGGCCGCAGUUGGUUCGGCGGAGAUGGCAAUCAUGCGCCCUGCGGUGUUCUGGAAGACCGAGCUUCAGCAGCAGCGCUUCUCCUUCUCUCGGGCGGUGAACCCGAGCUACUGUUACCGCGGGCUGCCCCUCGCAGUUGUCUCAAUCGCUCCGAUCACAUGCAUCCAGUAUGGCGCAACUAGCUUCUUCAGCUCCUGCCUCAAGGCCUUUCGGGGCUCCGAGUCGCAAGUCCGGGACGCGGACAAGAUCCUCGCCUCGGUGAUGGCUGGCGUCGCAUCGGCACUGGUCCAGUCGCCGACGCAGCUCGUUGAGGUCAACCAGUCCAACCACGGAUCCUCGAUGUUUUCGACAGCCAGGAAAGUCAUCUCCCAGAAUGGAAUAUUGGGGCUCUGGCGUGGCUACUCCAUGGGCGCCACUCGAGAAGGCAUAUUCUGCAGCUCUUACAUUGCCAUCAACCCUUUGAUCAAGACUUGGCUGCUGCAAAAGCGACCUGCAUCUUGGCACGGCUGUUGGAGACGUUGGAAUCGCAAGGACAAUGAAUGUAGUUAG